GUCAUUAGAGUAACCCGCAUUGAAAGUCAAAGAAGAAAAAGAAGUCAGUCAGUCAGUCAGUCAUUUAUUCAGGAACGUCGCAAAGGUUUAUAACAACAAUGGCGCAUCAGUCUCCAAAAGUACCUCUUAGCAAAACACCUAGGAAGUCGGUUGUAAACAUAUGCAGACUUUGUUCAGAGAACUUCAAAGCAUCUAAAACUAAAAAACACAUUAUUUCGUAGACACGAUUCUUCAGACAAAGCUGAAUUUACUGUUGUGCUAGAGAAGUUUGUUGGCAAGCUUUAUGACACAUGUUUGGCGAUCUGCACCUCUUGCUGAAGUCUAUUAAUGAGGUACAGCAGCGUUUCCAAAGAAGUUGUACGACUAAAAUAUAAAUGACGUGCAGUAAGACCAGGGAGAAACGAUGUGCACCAUCAACGCCAACACAAGAGCAGAAGAAACGACUUACUGUUUCCGAAUGCAGCCCUGCAAGACGUGAAAUGUUUGAUCGACCGUCACCUGAUGUAAACACUGCGUCAACAACUGUACAGGAUACUGUUAGUAGUAAAACUGUUGUUAUGGUGAGUUCGUCACAGAAAGUUCAGCAGACGAGAGGUGUAAAGAGACCUAUGAGGACCCCAGUAAAUAAUAUUACCAGGGGACUUUGGCCAAGAAUUUAAUGAAAAUUCCUGGGCAGUCUCAGUAGGUCAUUGAUGUGGUCCUCAAGCAAGUUGAGAAGGAAUGUCGAAUUUUAACAGGCAACAAGUUCCAUUCUGUAGUACAACACACUACGCCAUGGCACCUGGCUGAUUUGAAGUGUGAACAAGUGUUGGCUGAAUAGAGGACUGCAGCACCAAAAUUUAUGUAGUUCCUAAAAUGUGCAAGUGCAGCAACAAACUUGACCAAGCAUAACACUAAAGGAGCAAGGAUUCAUAAAAGAAGAUCCUGGAGCAGAAAGAAGCCAGAGGUGACAAUGGCUGGCCUGAUACUUCUUAAAGCAAGGUCAAAAUUCAUGGCAUCUCCUAUGUACCGAAAUUCAAUGGUGUUGAUACAUGGUGGUGCAAAGAAAAGAUGUAUUGACAGAUUCAAUAGGAUUGGAGUUUAUGUGAAUCACUCAGCAACCCUAAAGAAGAUCAAAGAGAUUGCAGAUACAUGGGAUGCUGGAAUUCUAGAAUGGAAAAAAGUAAUGUGUGACAGCCCAAGCCUUGAAGACUUGUCAUGGAUGGAUGAACCAGGUUGCAGCACUUCUUUCCUAUCUGAUCAUACGUACCACUGUGAAGAGAAAGAAGUGGAAGAAGUCUUCACUGACACCAGCAGUGAAAGUGAAGGGGAGCUCACAGAUCAUGACACAAGAGCUUCUAGAAGAACUGAGUCAGGCUGCACAGAUGGGUCGUCACCAACUGCAAUGGCACUGGAGUCUCAGGACACCUGUGCAGAUCACAACUGAUAAUUUGGAUCUCAUAGUGACACCACAUACAAUGACCAUCAGCCAUCAACGUAUGGACUACCACUGGCUGCUGAUGGGGGGCAACCAUGAAUGAGUGAGUGCUGAUUUCUUACCCAGAGAGAGCUCUGUGUCUAUAAUGGAUGUACCACUCUCUGAAAUUUUAACAAACUUGGAGGACAGACAGAUGCUCCACUCCGAAUUUAAAGUAUUGGUUGGUCGUGUAGUUAAUUCAGCAUUUUGCUGCAUUCAAACAGUUCUCCAACAUCGUACAGUGGCACAUUCCUCAUCUGUACAGUGACAUCAUGGCACAAAAGACAGAAAUCACUCCCCUGGGACUUCUUGAGGUGGAUGAGAAGGUAUCUGCAGAUAUGGUGAAAGCAAUGCAGUACAUCAAUCAGCGAUACGUUCCUUACACGUCUGAUUUAGAUAAUGGAAAUUACAUCUCAAAGCCAGUAGUACAUGUGAUUUUGGCUGGUGACCAUCUGACCAAGCAGAAUGCUGAUGCUGCCAUCAGAGCAAAAGCAAAUGAAGACACAUCAUUCGAAAGAUUGGAAGGCCUAGUUCCAGUUAUUGUGGACUUUCAUUGUUCCACAAACUUCAAUGACGUAAUUUUUAAAAGAUUCUACAAUUCAUGUUCACAGUGUGAUUCCGGUUCUUUGUUCCACCUCAGAAAUGUUGUCCACAGGACCAAUGUGACUAAAUCAGCCUUGGGGGACAAGUACAGGCCAUGCAACACUUUCAUCCAAGAUGUGUUGGAUGCGUCCAUCAUUGCCGUUGGUCUCCAUCAUUUCUCAUUACACACAGAGGAGGACAUGCCAGCAUCCAUACCAACCUCUUUUCUCUCCAAUGAGGAGAAGCAAGAUUGGUUUGAUGAACAACUCCUAAACAUCGUUGACACAUACAUUCUCAAUGAAUCUCCAGAAUUUCAUAACAUGUUGCAAGGCAAUCUCCAAAAUCCUCCACAGAGCCCAGUUGUACCUCAACCAAUUGUGUGCCAGAUGCCAAGGUGCAACCAUCCACCUUUCAAAAGACAACAUGAUCUAACAGAACACUUCAAGAAAUACCAUGGCAUUUCUGUGUGUGAUCACAGAGAAAAAAGUGGUGUCAAUGCUGUUGAACAGCACCAAGAAGAUUAUGUAUUCAACUAUCACAGUGCCUUCUUAAAGAUGGGGCUUUUGGAGCAUGACUUCCAAGACUCUGUGAGAGAGGGGGAUGGAAAAAGGACCUGCCAUCUUGGGAAAUUUAAAAUGCUUCAUUUUAAAGAGGCGCAGAGAUACAAGUACAGCUUGGAGGCUCUGAAAUUACAAUUUGACCUUCAAGCACUGCAGAGUCCCAGAGUCGGCCACAGAAUGAUGUGGAACAGAACUGUAAAUGUUACUGGGGGUGCUGGCAAGAACGUGGCAUUGGAUCUGAAUUGCGAACAUUAUGUUCGAUACGCAAUCUCAAUCUGGGUGCAAAUGUAAAUUUCCCAAGCGUGCAACAAAUCAGCAGAACACUUCAAAGGCAGAGAAAGAUAAUGGACAAUUAUGAUACAGAUGUUCAGCUAACUCCAGAAUCUGGGAAACACACAAUGGCAUCCAAGGAGGAAGACAUCAAUGCAAUGGUCGCUGUACUGAAACAACAAGAAAUCUACAAAGUCACACUUGGUAGAUGUUAUGCUGCUUUUCCGUCAUUUAAUGCAAAUCCGCCUCACAACCUUACAUCCAAACAUUUAACUGGCUGGAUUUGGGAACACAAGCAAAAAUGUCAUUGUUCUCAGAUAUUAAAAAAAAAAAAAACACCAUGACCUAAAACAUAUAGAUAAUGUGCAGACCAAAUAAAGGUCACGUAGAACUUGGAUCUGGUCACAUACAAUCUUUGGACUUUAAUUAGAUUUUUAUAUUUACAUUUUUUGGGGGGGUAAUUUUGCUUUUAUAUUUUUUUAGAAUACAGGGCAGCAUGAUGUAUAUGUAAAUAAAUGAAGAAAAAAAACAACAACAGUAAAAACCUGGAAAUGUAAAAAGUGUUUCACAGUGUUUGUUUUUUGAAUGUUGAUGCUGAAUGUUAACUUAAGAUUAUAAAAAUGCAUGUGAAUUCCUUUUUUUUUUUUUUCCCAUGUUUACAACUAAUAAAUACUUCUACAAUUCUGACAAAUAUACAAUGUCUCCAGCAUUUCAUUAAUAGCAAUGACAAAAUUAAAAGAUGUUUACACAUUUAAUUUUUAACCUUCACUUUUCUAUGUAAAAUAUUAAUGUAAAGCAAAGUAAUGCAUGACG